GUGUCUAUGUGGCUGAAUCGUUUCCAGAAAAGACAUCCAGAAAAUAGCUUCCUGUUUCUCCACAGGUCAGACAUGAAGCCCACCCUCAUCUCAGUGCUUGUGAUAUUUAUACUCAGAGGAACAAGAGCCCAGAGAGUGACUCAGCCCGAGAAGCUCCUCUCUGUCUUUGAAGGGGCCCCAGUGGAGCUGAAGUGCAACUAUUCGUAUUCUGGGAGUCCUGAACUCUUCUGGUAUGUCCAGUACCCCAAACAACGCCUCCAGUUACUCUUGAGACACAUCUCUAGAGAGAGCAUCAAAGGCUUCACUGCUGACCUUAACAAAGGCGAGACAUCUUUCCAUCUGAAGAAACCAUUUGCUCAAGAGGAAGACUCAGCCAUGUAUUACUGUGCUCUAAGUGGCACAGUAGCUGGUUUUGCAAGGAAGCAGAACACAAACCCUUUAAAUACAGGAAGUAUUUCUUUUUCAUGGGAAGCCCGCAAAGGAGUGCUGAUGAACUUGCUUGUGGUGGCUGUGAAACUUGCCAAGAAACCACCUGUCAGGCUUGCUGGAGGGGAGUGCCACUGUUGUCCCACAGGCCAACCAAGCAUAGUGGACAAGAAGUGUGGAAAACAUACCAGAACCAGGAAGAGAAGCGUCAUCCUUCUGCAGGGGAACCGUGUCCAACCAAUUAAUAUAGGCAAACAGUAUGUUCAUCUCGGCAAACAGAUGCCUAAUCAGGAUAAGAGUUUUCUUAAUUGGAAAAAUAGCUUGCUUAUGAAGACAAUAGUUUUAUCAAUAAAACUCACCUCAAGACCUUCGGCACAUCGUUGUACCAAUCCUAAACUCUUAGAACUAGAAUUCGAUAAAGGCAGAGACUGGAAUAGCUUUGUAAUUUCUUCUGAAAGAAUGGAAACUCUCCUGGGAGUGUCUUUGGUGAUUCUAUGGCUUCAACUGGCCAGGGUGAACAGUCAACAAGGAGAAGAGGAUCCUCAGGCCUUGACCAUCCAGGAGGGUGAAAAUGCCACCAUGAACUGCAGUUACAAAAGUAGUAUAAACAGUUUACAGUGGUAUAGACAAGAGUCAGGUAGAGGCCUUGUCCACCUAAUUUUAAUACGUUCAAAUGAAAGAGAGAAACAUAGUGGAAGAUUAAGGGUCACGCUUGACACUUCCAGGAAAAGCAGUUCCUUGUUGAUCACGGCUUCCCGGGCAGCAGACACUGCUUCUUACUUCUGUGCUACGGAGGGCUUCUUUGAUUUCUGGGGCUCUCUUUAA